GCGGAGGAUGUGAGGGAUCCAGAGGAGGUUGUGGAGAAGAAAGGUGAGAGUGUUAGACAUGCAAGCUGGUGAAUGGAGGCUGAUGACGAGCUCACAUGACACAGAGAUGAGUUGAGACAAGUCCCGUGGUUCUGAGGCUCGGUGGAGUCGAGCCGGUGCGAUGCGUCAAGCCGGUGAAUCAGCCGUGAGGACUUAGGGGAAGAAAAGAAGAAAAAAAAGAAGAGAGGAUGGAAAAGAGGGGAGGAAAGAAAGAGGAGGAGGAGGGCGCAAAAAAGCCUUCGCCUUGUUGUUGAGCGUGUCACACAUUGAAGACCACACAAGUCAAAAGGAGAGCGGCUCCAUCCUCAGGGACACUUUCUUCAAAGCAUCACCUGCUUCAUCACUUCUUCCAAAGGACUACAAAGACCCAGGACACCUCCAAGGGAUCCUUCCAGUCCAGACUCAACUUCUGGGGGAGAGCAAAAGUACCAGAGAGACACAAUCCGAGGGAAAUAAAAGGAUUUUUCAAAGAAAAUGACAUUUUGCAAAGCCGCGGACCAUCAAAGCCACCGCGUCUUCCUGUUGGUUGUUGCCAUGGCGACGGCUGUGCGUUCGUCCCCGGGCCCGGCCGGCGAAAGGAGCUCCAUCGAGCGCACGUACGAGCUGACCAAGUACCUGGAGUACCAGCUGAAGGAGAUCAAAGACGUCUACUUGACGUAUCUGGGCGCCCCGUUCAACGAGAGAGACUUCUCCCCUCCCAGACCCAACAGCAGCGCUCUCUCCCUGCCCAGCGCCGCCACCCGCCUGGAACUGUGGCACGGCCUGGAGAACCAAGCCCGGCUGGCCCAGAACCAGAAGGCCUACUCGGUCCUGCUGGCGGCGGUGCGGGAGCUGGCUCGCUCCACCCUCUGCCCCUCCCUCAGGACCUCCCUGCUGCACUUCUGCAUCGGCCUGGACGGCCUUCUGGGCUCUAUAUCGGCGCUGAUGACCACCCUAUUGAACCCCGCCGACCAGUACCCUCAGAGCGGGUUGGAGGGGGACCACCCGGCUCCGCUGGUCAGCAGGAGCUCGUACAGAUCCAGGACCAGGACCAGGACCAGGACGGAAAGACGGAGGGAGGUCCAGGGGGAGGAUGCGAAGAGAAGGAAGGCGGCCGCAGCUGCUGGAAGGAGCGGCGGGUCCGGGGAGAAGAGGAGGAGAGGGAGGCGGGAUGAACCGGAGACCUUGAUGGCGGAAGAGGAAGCCGGAGGCGGGAGGCGGCGCUUGCUGAGCAUCAGCGAGGAUGAAGAAGGAGGCUACACUUACAACCUGGACACGCUCAGAGAGGAGGACGGCGGGGGCGUUUUGUCCCACCUUCAUCACCGACCUCCUCGCUCCCUCCUUUUCACGCCCACACUGCAGCCGCCGCCGUUCGCCCUCGCCCUCCUCCACCGGGAGGACCGCGCCCUGCCGCCGUCCACGCCCUCCUCGCCGGUCUCCUCCUCCACCUCCGUGCUCCUCGCCGUGCGGCCCGCCAUGAACGACUUUGCCCGCAAGGUGGAGGGCUUCUGGGUGCUGCGCGAGCUGCAGAGCUGGCUGUGGAGGUCGGCCAAGGACUUCAACCGCCUGAAGAGGAGGAUCCGAGGCUGAGGGACAACACGGCGUUGACACUUUUUGCACUAAGGAUGGAUGUUUGACUCGAACCCUGGAUUGGCCCCGUGUGCACUGCGCACCACGUCCGAUUGUUUGGCCCUCAGGUGACACUUUUCGGGCCAGUCUAAACGCUCCAAAUCGGAUCUUUUAGGACCGAAUUCAGGCCGCAUCAGGAGGCGGGUCUGAAUCCCAUCUUUUUCUGAUGUGACUUCAGUCUAAACCGCUUUGGGCGAGCUCCGUCACUCGCGUGCACCUUGAAGACUUAGUCGCAAGUCGAUGCUUCGUCACAACGUUUGGUUUCAGUGAGCAAAGUCUGUUUAUGACGACCACAUUUUCAGUGCACCCCUUAUCAGUUGUGUGCAAACCAUAGGCUAUAUGUAAUACCGUAUUUCCUUGAAUUGCCGCCGGGUAUAUAGUAUGCGCCUGCCUAGAAUUACUGCCUGGUCAAACUCGUUUCGCAAAAUAAUUAGCAUAUGCCUAGAAUUUCCGCCGGGUCAAACUCGUCACGUCACGAGCGACACUUUACCUGUCAUCAUUUUCAAAAUGGAGGAGGCAGAUUUCAAUCAUUUGAAAUCGCAUAAAGGGAAGAAGAAUAAGAACUAUUCAGUAGGACUUAAGGUCCAAGCUAUUGAAUAUGCUAAAAAGAACAGUAAGCGGAUAUUUUUUAUUAAUAUACCGUAGCUGCGUGUGUCAAAUAUGAGUCAUUAAAUGACUCCCGCCUCCUGGUGGUAGAGGGCGCUAGUGAUCCUUCUUGCGACUCCUCGGCUGCAGAAGAAGUGACAACAAGCAGCAAGAGUGAGCAGCGAUCAUUUAUUUUUUCCUCUCGCUUGCACUUUUAACAUGGAGGAUUACAUAUCUAAAAUAAAAUAGUUUUUUAAACUGGACUUUCAAUGGAAGCAGGAGGUAAUAAAGGAAGAUCUCCAUCGAGACAGAGAGACUUUUAAAACUGAAGAAAGAUAAGGAAGACUUCUAUAAACAAGUUAUCGAUGCUUUUGAUCAGAAGGAGCUGCGCAUGGACUUCAUUUAUAAGUAAAGGUAAGACCAUAACAAAGUUUUUUUUAUUAAAUGAGCGCCCCCCCGCGACCCCGAAAGGGAAUAAGCGGUAGAAAAUGGAUGGAUGGAUGGAUGCUUUUCAUGAUGGUAUCCUUACAUCACACUCAAAUUUAUAAGCGCAGGCCUAAAUUUACGGCAUUCCUUUGGUAAGCGCCGGAGUGAGAAGAGAUUUUAAAUGAAUUAGCGCCCCAGCAGCAAUUCAAGGAAAAACGGUAUACCAAUAUUUGUUUUGAUUCCGAAGAAAUAGUCGUUGUUGAAAGACCACUCACGUAGAUCUAGACCAGUGUUUCUCAGCCUUUUUUGAGCCAAGGGACAUGUUUUCCGUUGAAAAAAUGCGGAGGCGCACCACCAGCAGAAAUCAUUAAAAAACAAAACUCAGUUGACAGUAAAAAAGUCCUUGUCGCAAUUUUUGGAUAUGACUUCAAAGCAUAACCAAGCAUGCAUGACUAUAGCUCUUGUCUCAAAGUAGGCGUACUGUCACCACCUGUCACAUCACAUUCUGACUUAUUUGGACUUUUUUGCUCUUUUCCUGAGUGGCAGUUUCAUGUCUUCCUUUGUGCAAUCAAGAAUAUUUCAGUUGUUUUUAUCCUUCUUUGCGUGGACAUUGUUGAUUGUCAUGUCAAGUACGGAUGUACUUUGUGGACGCCAUCUUUGCUCCACAGUAAGUCUUUGCUGUCGUCCAGCAUUCUGUUUUUGUUUACUUUGUAGCCAGUUCACUUUUAGUCUUGUUCUGCAUAGCCUUCCCUAAGCUUCAAUGCCUUUUCUUAGAGGCACUCACCUGUUUAUUUUUGGUUCAAGCAUUAGACACCUUUUUACCUGCACACUGCCUCCCGCUGUUUCCGACACCUACAAAGCAAUUAGCUACCUGCUGCCACCUAAUGAUACGAAAGAGUAUUACACGGUUACUCUGCCGAGAUCUAGACAGCACUGUCGGCUUUGAAACACACAAAAAUAAAAGAAAUCUGAAUCGGACAUCCGACCACGCAGUGUAAACGUACCGUCAAUCAUUUUUUAAAAUGGAAUCUUUGAAUAUUCUGAACUCCCAUUUCCACGACUGUGUUUUAUUGUAUUAAUGCGGCGUGGAUAACAUGUAAGAUCUCAUCAUGUGUUCCUAGACAGCAAACUCAUUAAGGCUGAUCGGUUCAUUGACGAGCUUCAUACAAUAAUGGGAUCACUAUUUGGCAGGCGCGAACACACACACUGGUGAUGGUAAUAAUAAUAAAAAUAAUCAUAAUAAUAGAUUUUAUUUGUAAAAAAAAAAAAAAAAAAGAAAUUUACGUAGAGAAAACAACCUCAAAGUGCCAGUGUAAAAAAAAAAAUACCACUAAUAAUGAUAAUAAAAAGAGAAUAUAAUAAUAAUAAUAAUAAAUGGGUUGUACUUGUAUAGCGCUUUGCUACCUUCAAGGUACUCAAAGCGCUUUGACACUACUUCCACAUUUACCCAUUCAAACACACAUUCACACACUGAUGGAGGUAGCUGCCAUGCAAGCCGCUAACCAGCACCCAUCAGGAGCAAGGGUGACGUGUCUUGCUAAGGACACAACGGACGUGAUGAGGUUGCCAAAUAAAUAAAAUAUAAAACUAGAAACAGCCCAAUAGCUAGAACCGGCAUACAAUAAUGGGAUCACUAUUUGGCAGGCAUGAACACACACACUGGUGCUGAUAAUAAUAAUAAUAAUAAUAAUAAUAUAUUUUAUUUGUAAAAAAACACUUCACUUAGAUCAAACAACCUCAAAGUGCCACAGUGUAAAAAAAAUUGUAAUAAAAAAUAGUCAUAAUAAUAACAAAAAUGUAACAAAAAUAAAUAAAAUAUAGAACUAUAACCAGCUUACAAUAAUGGGAUCACUAUUUGGCAGGCAUGAACACACACUGGUGCUGGUAAUAAUAAUAAUAAUAAUGAUAAUAAUAAUGGAUUUUAUUUGUAAAAAAAGCACUUUAUGUAGGGCAAACAACCUCAAAGUGCCACAGUUUAAAAAAAUAGUAAUAAAACAAAUAGUAAUAAUAAAAAGAUAAUAAAAAUUAAAAAAAUAUAAAACUAGAAACAGCCCAAUAGCUAGAACCAGCAUGCAUAUCUAAUAAAAGGCUUUCUUUUUUUUUUUUUUUAGAAAGAAGGGUUUUUAAGCCUUUUUUAAACGCAUCCACAGUCUGAGGUGCCCUCAGGUGGUCAGGGAGAGUGUUCCGCAGACUGGGAGCGGCGUAGCUCUGUCCUUGGAGGUUGGAGGACGUUAGCCUGCUUGGAGCGGAGGUAUUGUGUGGAGGAUAUUGGGGGUGAGCAGUUCUUUGAGGUAGACGGGUGCAUUUCCAUGGUCCACUGGUGAGUUAGUAGGGAGACUUUGUAUUCAAUCCCGAGUGGAACAGGAAGCCAGUGAAGGGAUUUGAGAGUUGGUGUGAUGUCUUUCCACGCUCUCAUCAGCUCAUUGUCAGCACACACACACACACACACACACACACACACACACACACACACACACACACACAAUCACUAAAAAAAAUUCCCGGGCGCGGCCACCGCUGCUGCUCACUGCUCCCCUCACCUCCCAGGGCUUGAUCAGGGGUGAUGGGUCAAAUGCAGAGAAUAAUUUCGCCACACCUAGUGUGUGUGUGUAUGUGUAUGUGUGUGUGUGUGUGUGUGUGAGACUAUCAUUGGUACUUUAACACACACACACACACACACACACACACACACACACACACACGCACACACACACACACACUGGGGUGGCUUGAAUUACCGGACUUCAUGGUUCGUAGAUCAGCAGAAAUACUGCUGCAGGUGUCUGGACUUUACACACACUUGUUAUUUCAUAUGAUGACAGUCAAUUUUUUGGGACCACCCUCUUUUUGACCAGCAGGGGUGCAAAUGAGACAUUGUCUAUUAGAUGCAAUGUUAUUGGGACCCUGAUUUAUGUCAUCACUUCUUCACACCUCCUCAUGUGGAAGAUACUUUUCCCUUCUUCACGUCUCAAGAAAAGUAGGAAUACAAGAACACACACACACACACACACACACACACACACACACACACACACACACACAUUGAGGGACGAACGUAUUUAGUGGCACAAAUCGCGUGAAUCAGCAAACAUUGGUCAGAAAUGUUAUGAAUGGAGCGGACACAAACCCGCCGGACGGGUCAAGAAGUGGCAGAAGAAAGACGGAGGAAGACGACAUGAGUCAGUGGGCAGACGCCGGAAAGAAAGGGCAUUGUGGGGGGGUGGGGUCAGGGGGCCAAUGCUGAGUAAGCACAAGUCGACCGGUCAGUUACAGUAACUGUACGACACACACACACUCUUUUAUAGCUCGGUUGGUAGAGCGGCCGUGCCAGCAACUUGAGGGUUGCAGGUUCGAUCCCCGCUUCCGCCAUCCUAGUUACUGCCGUUGUGUCCUUGGGCAAGACACUUUACCCACCUGCUCCCAGUUCCACCCACACUGGUUUAAAUGUAAAAAUUAGAUAUUGGGUUUCACUAUGUAAAGCGCUUUGAGUCAUUAGAGAAAAAGCGCUAUAUAAAUAUAAUUCACUUCACUAAUUCACUUGUACUUCUCACCUUCUUGAGACCUCCAAAAAAAAAGAGCAGCCUUUCUAGAUAUAUAAAGAGUUGUAUUUACAACAUUAAUAAUAUAUACAUACUAUGUAAAUAUAAAAAAAGGUAAGGUUUUAGUUAAUAUUUGUUUGUUUGUAAUUGUUUUUUAAUCUUCAUUAUUUACUUCAAGUUAUUACAAUAUGUCUCUAGAUCAGAGGUCACCAACCUUUUUGAAACCAAGAGCUACUUCUUGGGUACUGAUUAAUGCCAAGGGCUACCAGUUUGAUACACACUUAAAGGGGAACAUUAUCACAAAUUUCAGAAGGGUUAAAACCAAUAAAAAUCAGUUCCCAGUGUCUUAUUUUAUUUUUUCGACUUUUUUUUCAAAAUUUUACAUCUCCCGGAAUAUCCCUAAAAAAAGCUUUAAAGUGCUUGAUUUUCGCUAUUUGGAAUUCCACUGUCCAUUUCCCUGUGACGUCACAGAGCGAUUCCAAUACAAACAAUGGCGGUUACCACAGCAAGAUAUAGCGACAUUAGCUCGGAUUCAGACUCGGAUUUCAGCGGUUUAAGCGAUUCAACAGAUUACGCAUGUAUUGAAACAGAUGGUUGGAGUAUGGGGGCAGAUAGCGGAAACGAAAUUGAAGAAGAAACUGAGGCUAUUGAGCGAAUAGCUAUUGACGCAAUUCGGCGUUAGCAUCGCCGGAAAAAGUGCGGACCAGCCGAUCAGGACUUUCUAAUCGACACUGGAUCAAUAAGUCAAUAACAACACUCACCUUUGUGAUUUCGUUGACUUUAUCGUUGAGAAUGCAUCUGCUUUGAGUGUCGCAGGAUAUCCAGACAUCUCUGUCGUAGCAUCGCCAGUAAAAACCAAACGAGUUGACACUGGAGCAACUUAAAUCCGACGAUUGGUAAGUGUUUGUUUGGCAUUAAAUGUGGGUGGAGGGAAAGGCUGGAUGUAAAUAUAGCUACAAAUGAGGCAUAAUGCACACAGCUAGCCUAAAUAGCAUGUUAGCAUCGAUUAGCAUGCCGUGCUAAUCGAUGCACAUUCUACGUAAAUCAACUUGAAUCCGUCCCUGAUCGUGUUGUUACACCCUCCGACAACACACCCACGAGGCAUGAUGUCUCCAAGGUACCGGAAAACAGUCGAAAAAACGGAAAAUAACAGAGCUGAUUUGACUCGAUGUGGUAGGGAAAAAUGGCGUUGAUGACCGAUGUGACGUCACGUUCUGACGUCGUCGCUCAGAGGGAUAAACAGAAAGGCGUUUAUUCGCCAAAAUUCACCCAUUUAGAGUUCGGAAAUUGGUUAAAAAAAUAUAUGGUCUUUUUUCUGCAAUAUCAAGGUAUAUAUUGACGCUUACAUAGGUCAGCUGAUAAUGUUCCCCUUUAAAUAAAUUGCCAAAAAUAGCCAAUUUGCUAAAUUUACCUUUAAUAAAUAAAUCUAUAUAUAUAUAUAAAAAAUGGGUAUUUCUGUCUGUCAUUCCGUUGUACAUUUUUUUUCCUUUUACGGAAGGUUUUUUUGUAGAGAAUAAAUGAUGAAAAGAACAGUUAAUUGAACGGUUUAAAAGAGGAGAAGACACGAAAAAAAUUAAAAUUAAAUUUUGAAACAUAGUUUAUCUUCAAUUUCGAGUCUUUAAAAUUCAAAAUUCAACCGAAAAAUAUGAAGAGAAAAACUAGCCAAUUCGAUUAUUUUUGAAAAAAAUAAAAAAAUAAUUUAUGGAACAUCAUUAAUAAUUUUUCCUGAUUAAGAUUAAUUUUAGAAUUUUGAUGACAUGUUUUAAAUAGCUUAAAAUCCAAUCUGCACUUUGUUAAAAUAUAUAACAAAUUGGACCAAGCUAUAUUUCUAAGAAAGACAAAUCAGUAUUUCUUCUAGAUUUUCCAGAACAAAAAUUUUAAAAGAAAUUCAAAAGACUUUGAAAUAAGAUUUAAAUUUGAUUCUACAGAUUUUCUAGAUUUGCCAGAAUAUUUUUUUUGAAUUUCGAUCAUAAAAGGUUUGAAGAAAUAUUUCACAAAUAUUCUUCGUCGAAAAAACAGAAGCUAAAAUGAAGAAUUUAAUUCAAAUGUAUUUAUUAUUCUUUACAAUAAAAAAAAUACUUGAACAUUAAUUUAAAUUGUCAGGAAAGAAGAGGAAGGAAUUUAAAAAUUAAAAAGGUAUAUGUGUUUAAAAAUCCUAAAAUAAUUUUUAAGGUUGUAUUUUUUCUCUAAAAUUGUCUUUCUGAAAGCUAUAAGAAGCAAAGUAAAAAAAAUAAAUGAAUUUAUUCAAACAAGUGAAGACCAAGUCUUUAAAAUAUUUUCUUGGAUUUUCAAAUUCUAUUUGAGUUUUGUCCCUCUUAGAAUUAAAAAUGUCGAGCGAAGCGAGACCAGCUUGCUAGUAAAUAAAUACAAUUUAAAAAAUAGAGGCAGCUCACUGGUAAGUGCUGCUAUUUGAGCUAUUUUUAGAACAGGCCAGCGGGCGACUCAUCUGGUCCUUAUGGGCGACCUGGUGCCCGCGGGCACCGCGUUGGUGACCCCUGCUCUAUAUACAUACAGUAUUUAUUUAUUUAUUUUAAUUAUUUUUGGCCAAAGGGGGCGCAUUUAAAUUGUUUACACACACUUUAUGAUCCGCUGCCCGGAUCAUAUUAUGAUUUAGAUUUUUGAGUCUUUUUGUGUUUUCUCUUGGUUUUGGACUCCUUCGGUUCUUGUUUGUGCACCUCUCAGUUGGUUUCCAUAUUUACUCAUUAUUUUCACCUGUCGCCUGUUCUGGACGUGCACCUGUUUUGUGAUUACUGUCAUUAUUUAAGCCUGCCUUCUCUAGUCAGUCUGUCUUGCUUCCUACUGUAACGACCUGGUCGCAUGGUGAUACGGAUUCGUUCUCCCAGGGAUGCAGAUGGGCUUCAGACACAGCGUGCAGGUAGGAAAUGAUUUAUUUAAGCAAUAAAACAGACUUUGACAAAACUAAAAGAGCUAGCAUGGGAGCUAGAAAACAAAAGGGCCUAGCGUGGAAGCUAGAUAAUAAAAGGGCCUUUUGAUUGAUUGAUUGAGACUUUUAUUAGUAGAUUGCACUGUACAGUACAUAUUCCGUACAAUUGACCACUAAAUGGUAACACCCCAAAACGUUUUUCAACUUGUUUAAGUCGGGGUCCACGUUAAUCAAUUCAUGGUACAAAUAUAUACUAUCAGCAUAAUACAGCCAUCACAUAGCUUAAACAUCAUAGUAUAUACAUUGAAUUAUUUACAUUAUUUAGAAUCCGGGGGGUGGGAUGAGGAGCUUUGGUUGAUAGCGUGGAAGCUCGCAGGUAGCGAACAGGAAAACAGAAGUCGUUACUUAUUGUAUGAAAACAAAUUAGGAAGCAAGACUGACUGACUGGAGAAGGAAGGCUUAAAUAAUUACAGCAAUCACAAAACAGGUGCACGUCCAGAACAGGCGGCAGGUGAAAAUAAUGAGUAACUAUGGAAACCAACUGACAGGUGCACAAACAGGAACCGAAGGAGUCCAAAACCAACAGAAAACACAAAAAGACUCAAAAAUUUAAAUCAUAACAAACUUGUUAUUUCAUAUGUUGACCAGAGGGGGAGCACUUUUAAAAGCGACACAUUUGAAAAAUCCCUCUUUUUUGGGACCACCCUCAUGUUGAUAGAUGUCACCAGCAGGGGUGCAAAUGAGACAUUGAUUAUUAAAUGCAAUGUUAUUGAGACCAUGAUUUAUGUCAUCACUUCUUCACACCUCCUCAUGUGGAAGACACUUUUCUUUCUUCAUGUCGCAAGAAGGGGAGAAAUACAAGAAAACACACACACACACUUUUUUGUAUUUUUAUCUUCUUGAUACCUCCGAAAAAUGCUAAAAUCUAGAUAUAUAAAGAUUGUUAUUUCCAACAUUAAUAAUAUAUACAUACUAUGCAAAUAUAAAAAAGGUAAGCUUUUAGUUAAUUAUUUUUUGUUUGUAAUUGGUUUUUAAUUUUCAUUAUUUACUUCACGUUAUUACAGCAUGUCUAUAUACAUAUUUACUUAUUUUUUUAAUUAAUUUUGGCCAAAGGGGGCACAUUUCAAUUUCUUACACAGACUAAUUAUUACAUAUUGUGUACAGAGGGAGAGCACUUUUAAAAGGGACACAAAGUCAAUGUGAAAAAUCCCUCGUUUUUGAAACCACCCUCAUUUUGAUAUAUUUCCAUACCAGGGUACAAAUGAGACAAAAGUGUCAAGCCAGCACUCUUAUUAUUACGAUCCUACGUUAUGUUCAUCAAAUUAACCCAAAAUAUACUGUAUAAACUUCCUUAAUCCUUGUUUGUAUUUAGAAGUGAAUAAUACAGGAGGUGCAACAAACAGGGAUUGUUGUUGACGUGUGAAGACCACAAAGCUACUUUUGCACUUGUGUAUCUCCGUGCUAUUUAUUGACAGCCAUGUUUAUUUAUUGUGUGUCCAGUGUGAGAAUGCUGCAUCAGGAGAAUAAACCCCACAGCUUUUGUACAGAA